AUAAAGUAGUUACAAUGGAAGACUUUCAAAGCCAAAAUAAAUCUAUUAAUGACCAACUUCGCAUACUGUCUGACCAACUUGAAGAGUUACGAAAACCACUUAAAGGUUCUUCGGAUACAACAGAGACGUCACAGCAGUCAACAGAAUGGAUCGAAUGCUUGGGAAAUACAGCAAAGACCGCCGCGCAAUUAAAUCAGGAAUUAAGGAAGUACGUCAGGAAUUAUACAACUUCAAAAGAGACAUAUCAGUACGUAACCGGACACAGGAGGAACAUGAAAAGCAGCUCACAUUUCUUUCAAAGAGAAAAGAUUUACAAUCGGACUUGAUAGAAAUGUACCUGAAAUAUAAAACCAAAGCAUCUGUCUUACCCACCAUGCCCGAAGAAGAGACCGAUGUCACAAAUAUAUACGAAAAACCUGACAUGGUAGUAGCUGACAGCACUCAAUCUCAUUCCAUGAAAAUUAUAUCGGCUAUAAAUAAAGGUUUUCAAAAUAUGAAGUCAUAUAAAGAGAUGUUUCCCCAAUAUGACAGAAGAAAUAUUUAUAUAAGUGGAGAUGCAGGAAUGGGAAAAAGCACAUUUUGCAAACAUUUAAUCCAACAAUGGUGCGAGGUACAUAUGAAAAACAAGGAACCAUCGGUACACAUUUUUGAAAAUCGAGAAGUCCUGAAAGCCUUUGAAUAUUUGUUCUACGUGUCUUUAUGUCAUAUGACGCAUGAGUAUCAUGUUCAUCAGAUGGUCAAAACACAUUUGUUAACAAGCUCUUGGAAUAAAGAACUAUUUGAUACAAUAGUCGAGACAGAAUCAGAACGAUGUCUGAUUAUUUUAGAUGGACUUGAUGAAUGGAAUCCAAAGGGCGUUGAUGUAGACAAAUGCUUGCGAAGAAGCAAAAUUCCUCAAAGAGAUUUACUGAAGAAAUAUACGAUUCUUACAACAACGCGGCCUUGGAAAAUGGAAGAAGCAAGGCUUAAAACAACAGAAAUUGAUAUUCAUGCGAAAGUCCAUGGCUUGACCGACAGAUCAUCAAACCAGUUCAUAGGAAAUGUUGUACACUACCUCAAUGUGAAGUUUGGUCGGUUCAAAAAUGAUUCGGAUUUUCUAAAAUUGCUUACUUUCCAAGGAUUAUCCGAUAUGAAAUCAGUUCCCGUCGUACUCCUGCAACUUAUUUGUCUGUGGCAUGAUGACAAACCUCUUGGAAAUUCGCUCUGUGACACAUACAGCAAUAUGAUAGAUCUAUUUUUUGAAGUUGCAAAGUUUGAGCUAAAUGUACAGGAAACUUGCUCACAACAAUUACCACAAUGCUUCCACAACAACAGAAAUUGCCAGAGAAAUAAAGACUUAAUAUUCAAGUUGGCGAAAUUUUCAUACAAAACACUUUUCUCGGAGAGUCCCGAGUCUACUUUGGUGUUUGAUAGGUCAGUGGCACAUGACUGUGGCAUGACAUCAGAAGAUAUUGACAUGGGUUUGAAAAUCGGACUUCUGACGGAGAGUAAAAUUUCUGGAAUCUCCGCCUCAGAAAGACUCACGAGCCUAUCAUUUUUGCAUCAAACAUUCCAAGAAUUUUUAGCAGCUGUUUUAAUUUCUACUUCGUGCGCGUUGUUUUCAGACCGGGCACAGAAGGGCGUUAUCAACACCCAUUACGAUGACAGUUAUUCAGGUAUUGAAAAGCAGGUUUUCAAGACUUGCAAUUCUGUUACAGAUAUUCUAGAGAUGAAGAAUAUUUUCUUAUUUGUUUCUGGCAUGAAUCCUCCAGUGGCAAAACAACUAUCGAGGCGCAUUCAGAUGAUUGUUGAUGAAGACGCAGAUGUCAAACGAUACAGGGAAGAUUUCCGUAGAGGUGAACUAAAACAAUCUCCGCAUAAAAACGUGUUUUCUGAAUUGAAACAGAUUUGCAACCUCAUAACAUGCUGCAUCGAGGAAAUAUUGAAUGCAAGAGGCUACAUGCCCGUAGAAACCGGUUCUUGCAUGUACCUAUCUGACUUGAUGUGCGACAACGAAGACAGCUUGCAGCCUAGAGGGAGGGAACCACAGCUAAGUAGUCUUUUGUGUAUUGACAAAGAACAUGUUAAGUCAAUUUAUAUAAAAGGCAACUGCGAUGUACUAGAAACCCUAGUUGAUUUUGUCUCAACAUGCGCUUCACUGAACAAACUUGAGAUACAGGAUCUUGUCUACGACAGAGAUCUGGCAAAAAUGAAAUUUGCAAGCUGGUUAUUAAAACUAGGACACGACGUGAUGAAACUCUCGAAGAAUUCUCUAGUAUAUUCAGCAUGGGAACUUGGUAUGAAUGGCAACUCCCUACAAAUGCUGUUUGAGGAAGAAGAAAGCAAGUCAAGUACAAUGAAAGUAGUUCUAGAAAUUUUCCAUAUUCCGCAUCACCAUUCGGACUUGGAGAAUGUAUUAGAGGCAUUACCUCUUCUGACGGAAAUCAAACUUGUUGAUACUUACUGCAUUGAUCACAAGCUUGGAACCUGUCCAUUGCACAUACAGAUGUCGGACCACCUAACACUACAAACGCUGGUUUUGGAACAUUUAUUGUUGAAGGGGAUUGAUAUUCCAACAUCGCUUUUGGAUCUACAGUACAUAAGUUUGAACAAUUUUGAGUUUAGCCAUGAUGACCUGGAAAAGAUAGUUUCACGUUUAGAAAACGCUGAACAAUUGAAAGAAAUACAUCUACAACGCAUAGCUUGUGCUGACCAUGGUGUUGGGAAGUGUACAUUUCUACUUCAUUUGACGAGACACGAGGGUCUACAACAUGUUGACUUGCAAUACGUUCCCUUUCAGGUUAUUGUGAAUCAGCCAUCAUUGAAAUAUUGUUGUAGCAGAGAAUCAAAUGUUGAAGCCGAAUUCUUAGAAGGACUCGCUAAUUGCCAUUCUUUACAGAUGUUAACUCUUUCACAAUCAAGAAUGGCUCCUUUGAGUCCACACACAGCUAAAGCUAUGACUGAAGUCAUACUUGAUUUCAGUCAGCUUCAGGAACUCAAACUUUUGUCCAUAAACUUUGGCAACGAAUCACCAAGACUAAGCAAUGGAAUGAAGAAACUGACAUAUGUCAUGUUACGAAAGUGUACACUGACAGAAGAAUCAUUUCAACAAUUUCUAGCAAGUGCUCCAAAAGUGAAGCAUAAACUAAAAAUCAGCGUACUUUGUACACACAUAGAAGAAAAAGAACCACUGCAAGAUAGGGAAAGAAUCUACAAAGUUUACUCAAAACAGGCUGGUCUCGUCUGCAAAAGUGGUGCCGUUUUCGAUUCAUACAUCAGUUUUAGGUUUGAAAAUUGAAAAGACUCAAUGCGGAAAUCACUUUGAAUUAAACUAACAAAAAAAGAGGGAAAGAAUCAUUAUAAUUCUUUUCACAUAUAUUUCUAAGCAUGCAGAUAAGAGAUUAAUGAACGUUGAAUAGAUUUAAACCGUCGUCAGAUGUAUAUAAUAACGCUGUGUAGCUUAUAACAAAAUAGAUACUUAUUGACUCACGUAUUGUGCACAUUAUACAUUCUUAAGUGUUGUAUUUGCUAAAUUGUUGCGUGCUUGGUAUAGGCGUGUUUCAUGAGUAUGCAAGAGGUUGAAAGAUGUGCAUAUUAACUACAUAUACUUGUCUGAAUGAUUGUUGCUGCUCUCUUUCAAUAUGGCUUUUUCUGUUGAACGUUUAUCUUAAAAAAGUUUGCUGUUUCUUCUAAGGCAGCUGAUAUAGGACAAAAAAUAUUUCAUGUGCCACUGCCUGACACUUAUUCAAUGCUGAAGGACAAUAACGCAUUAAACCUAUUUGUUGAAAUUGAAAAUUUAUUAUUUUAUUGAGAAAAUAAAAUUCAUUAUUUAGUUGGUUUAACAACAUUUGAUUGUAUCAGCAGAGCUUUAGAAUUUGUAACAUUUCAAUGAAAUUUUAAUUUCUUAUAUUUGCUGCAUCUAUUUAUCAAAUUUGAAUGCAAUUAUUACGACAAUUUGCAAAUUAAACUGAUUUUAAUAUAUCCAGUGAAAACUGAACCACCAUAGCAGAUAAUGUUUGGGCAUUUUAAUACUGCUUCAAUGGUACUUAUGUCACAACUUAGCUUGUAAGAGUGAUUUGAUAAUGUCAUACAAUGCACAAAUAAUAAUCUAAAUUCAGAAUGUAGAAUCCUUUUUUUUCUAACUUAAGUGUUUUUUUUUUUUUCAUAAUCUGUGAACUUGAAGAGCAUUAGUUUCUAAGUCAAACAAGAGAAGAAAAAAGACAGUCAAUGAACUCGUUUUAAUUUUCUAGGGCAUUUUCUUCAUCCACUGUAAGCAUUUCUGAAAAUUGAAAAAAAAUGGUGGUACUUUAUAAAAUAUAUAAUAUCUCACUUAAUGCUAUAUGGAUUUCAAGUCUUACAGGUUACUAUGAAUACAAGGUGAUAUCAGUAUUACAUAAGCAUAAAUGACACUAACAAAUCUCUGUCAUUUUUACAUGUUGACAUAAUUACCCCACCCACUUUAUUUUCAAUGGGAAAAACGUAUUUAAAUCUACAAAAAAAUCUGACGUUAAGAUUUUAAAAAUAUUUUGCAGCUUUAAUGAUACACAAAUAUUUUUCAAAAUGGAAAGAAGUAAAGUUUGGGUCACCGUGCAUCUAAGAUAUUUAUUUAGAAAAAAAUCUUUGAAAAAAAACAAUGAUUUUGAUAUUUUAGUUCUUUUUGUUUUAAUUUAUAUUUCCUUGGUAAUAUAAAGUGCUAUGUUGAAACUUUUUAUUUCAAUUGUAGCUGAUUAUUAUAUAUAUCAGUCAGAAAAAUAUCAGAACCAAACCUGAUCUACUUUAAUAGAUAUUUAAAGUUACUGACCCUUACCCGAUUGUAAAUCUUCCAUCAAUUUUAGGCCAAUGCCAGUCAAAUAUAAAGGUGAACUUGUUUUUAGCAGAAGUAGAAAAUUGUUGGUUAAAUGGUCCAUAAUAAGACAUAUUUUAAUAAUUUGGCAUUAUUUUUGGUAAAAUAUUUGUAAGAAAGAAAUAUUCGAAGAAACAUUUUUUCAAGAUAGCGGAAUUAUCCUGAAAAAAAGCACGCUGGUACAUCCUUAAAUUCGUUUAAAUUGUAUUUAUAAUUCAUAAGCUCUGCACACGCUUUUCGAAACAUAUUUAUCUGCAAAAAGUAGAUUUCUCGCAUAUGUUUCGGUCAAUUAUUUAGUAUCUUAGAAUUCAACAAAAGUUUAAUUGCUUUCGGUUGAAAAAUCAUGUAUCUAAUAGUGUUAUAUGUUUAAGCGCAUACUUCUUGACUUUUAUGAAUGACAUGCUGUCAUAUGUAUUAUUUUAGAUAUAGAAUAUAUUUCGAAAACGGA